AUGCCAUGCACAACUCUUCUUUCAACAUCCCAGAUCAGCAGGCAGCCCAAGAAAAUUCUGAAGAACCAAACCUCGAGACCAGGAGAAGGCCUUGAGGCAGGAGAAUUUGGCCUUGAGGCAGGAGAGUUGGGCCUCGAGGCGGGAGAAUUAGGCCUUGAGGCGAGAGAAUUCGACUGGCAAAUCUGCGAUGAACAUGGACAGUUCAUCCACCCAGAUGCUCUGCCACCUCCAUUCACAUCAAGAGAGCAUGGUGACUGGACACCGUUUUGCGAUUGCACAGAGUUCGAGACCACGGAGUUUUUAUAUACGAAAAAUCAAAUGUCUGGCGACACCCCACCAUUCGCUGACCACAAAGACUUGUAUUCAACCAUUGAUGUGAUACCCCUUGGAGAAGUCGCAUGGGAGAGCUUCACAAUGAAGUUUAAUGGAGAAGGCUCAGUUCCCAGCGAUUCUGACUCGGAGGCUCGCGCCCCAUGGAUGGAUACUGCUUACACUGCGUGGUUCCAAGAUCCCCAUGCUGUGGUCCACAACAUGCUCACCAAUCCAGACUUCAAGGAUGAGAUGGAGUAUGUGCCUUAUUGUGAAUGGAAGGGAGAGGGAGGUGACGCAAAAUGGCAGUGGCGCAAUGUCAUGUCGGGAGACUGGGCAUGGAAUCAAGCUGAUGAAAUCGCCAAAGAUCCAGCAACACAUAGUUCGACUUUUGUACCUGUCCUUCUUGGAAGCGAUAAGACAACGGUCUCGGUCACAACCAGACAAAAUGAUUAUUAUCCACUCUAUGCAUCAAUCGGCAAUGUACAGAAUAAUGUUCGCUGCGCUCAUCGCAAUGCUGUCACUGUUGUUGGCUUUUUAGCCAUACCAAAGACCGUAAAACAAUAUUCCGAGGAUACCUUCAUGACUGUUCCUGAGGUCGUGCGCUUUGGGGACGGUCACUUUCGACGCGUCAUUUAUGGCUUAGGACCAUACAUCACGGAUUAUCUGGAACAGGUCGUACUUUCUUGUAUCAUAUCAAAUUGGUGCACUAAAUGUUUUGCUUUGCCAGCAGAUCUAGAUGGCGAAGAUGCCCAACUUCGUGCUCAAAUAGUCACAGACAUCCUUUGUGAUAAUGUCGACUUCAGUACGCUGUGGUAUCAGUGGGGUGUUGAUGCUGAUGUCGUGCCAUUCACGAACAAUUAUCCACACGCCGACAUUCACGAACUUCUGUCCCCUGAUAUCCUGCAUCAACUUAUCAAGGGUACGUUCAAAGACCACCUUGUCAUCUGGGUCGAGAAGUAUUUAGAACGCAUACAUGGAAAAACCCGUGCUAAGGUGGUAAUGGAUGACAUAGAUAGAAGAAUUGCUGCAGCACCAUCAUUUGCAGGCCUUCGCCGGUUUCCUCAAGGCCGUGGAUUCACUCAAUGGACCAGCAACAAUUCAAAGGCCUUAAUGAAAGUCUACUUGCCUGCAAUCGAAGAACAUGUCCCCGAUGAUGUUGUCUGGUGCUUUUGUGCCUUCCUUGAAUUUUGCUACCUCAAUACGCUUGAGGAAAUUAAGGAGGCCCUUGACCGCUUUCACUGUUAUCACAAGAUUUUUCAAGAGACCGGUGUUCGUUUUGACGGAUUCUCACUACCACGUCGGCAUUCUCUUAUGCAUUAUAUUACGCUUAUCCGCAUGUUCGGCGCACCAAAUGGUGUGUGUUCAUCCAUAACAGAGUCAAAACACAUCAAGGCCAUGUUACUAACAAACCAGCACCUUGAUAAAAUUGCUGCUGCACGUACAGACUUCAUGGCACAUGGAAUGUUAGGUCCACAUCCUGUGGACGACAGUGGUGAGGCAGAUGAGAGGGGCGAGGAAGAUGAAAGUGACGAGGAAGAUGAUGGUGCAGUGGAGGGAGCCCAAGUGCAAUCAUGCACCAUUCAUGCGCUGGCAGAAGAACUCAAUGUACCAAACUUGCCCCGACUGGUCCGCCUUUGUCUCUAUGACCAACUCCUCGCAGAUGAUGAACAUACAUCUGAUACCAUCCCGCUUAGUGCUUGCCCCAGAUUUGAAGGCCGUGUCAAGGUUUUUGGAUCUGCAGUAUCUACUUUCUUUGCACUGAGCGAUCCCAGUGGUAUUGGGGGAAUGCAACGCGAACAUAUUUGUUCUGUCCCUUUAUGGCGCGGAGGUCCAGGAUGCUACGACACCGUAUUUGUGAACACUGGAAGUGAGGAUGGAAUACAUGGUAUGGAAGUUGUCCAUACUUUUCCGUGUGCUCUGGUACACUGGUUUAAGCUUGUCUCUGACGAGCCUGAUCCUGGAAAUGGAAUGUGGAUGGUCAAGCCAUCCUUUCUCGACUUAGAGCUCAACACUCUGGAGCUCUCAAUCAUUCACGAAUUUGUCCCACAGAAAGCUACAUUCCACGAGACUCUAGAUACUUACUGCGGGUUCUAUGUUAACAAAUUCGCAGAUCAUCAUUCUUUUGAAAUAGCGUCUUGA